UUUUCAAUAUAGAGUAGAGUGAUUCAAUUAUCAGGAAAUUUGUCUUAUAAUGAAGGUUGGGAAAUGGGAUCAUUGCUUGCAGGCAAGGCCUAGCUUAGAGCAGGGCAGAGUGGAAGACAUCUUAGAUGCCAACCUACUGUUAGAACAUUGCAACAUGGAAAUGAUGCUGAAAAUGGGGCAGCUUGGUCUAAGAUGUGUGGUGAAGGUGCCUAAACAACGUCCCACAAUGACCCAGGUGUGGCAGGAAUUGGAGUUGGCUCUCUACUCAGUUGGCAACUUCAUUCAUAAGCAGCCUUCAAGCAGCUCUCAAAGAUUAACCGGUGGGUCUCAUAGAUCAACAGAUCCCCGGCAUUGGAGAUCAACUGACCAUGAGUUCUCUCAAAGCUCUGUAAGCAUAGAUGGGGUUGGAUUUCAAAGAUUUCAUGUGGAGAUGGAUAGCCUCUUCUCCAUGAGCACAAGUUUAAGGUGCUUGGAGGCUAAUAGCAUUAGCAUUGAUGUUGAUAAAGAACAAUUUGAGAGGAGUAUCUGAGGAAACUAAUAAGGUGGAGCCAUCUCAUCAUUGAUUUUGCACUAUGCUCAUGUAUAGUGAGCACAUUGAUGUGAAUCAUCUUGUCUGGUCAAAUUGCCUAUUAUCUGCAUGAUUGUAACCUGUAAUCUGUAUGCUUGUCUACUAUCUUUAAUGGUAGAAUAUUUUUCCUAUUAAAAAAACAGAGGGACUGCUACUAACCAUGAUUUGUAUAUCCUAUUCAGUCAAAGGCUCAAUCUCUGGAGUAGGGGCUGAGAAAUCCCAUCUA